CUCCUCGGACCUGUGUAGAUAGAAAUGUCUCAUUCAAAGAUUUCUACCUACCACAGCUUUACCUUUUAACGUCAGUGAAUCAUGUCCUGUUUACUGUUGCUUAGCAGUUACAUGAUGGAUGCCUGUAAACAAGGACAGGAGGAACUAGUCGCCUUUUUUAUGCUGCUGCUGGAGCUUCACAUCAACCGCUGCUGGGGGAAAAAAAGGAGAAAAAAACAACUUCCCAUCUGUGUUCUGCCUGCCUCUACACUGCAGCAAAACCAGCCCGAGCAGACCGGAGGCAGCACAUCUCUCGUCAAGGGACGCUGCGCCUAGUCUUUGACAAUGAAGUUCAACUUGUUCAGAAAUUCGCAGGCCGUGGCGGCCCCCGAGCCCACCGGUGUCACCACUGCCACCAUGGCUCCCACCCAGGCUUUCAUCUCCACCUCGGUGCCGGAGACCUCUGGCUCCAACAACACAGAGAUCAGCAAGAACGACAUGUUUGAGGAGAUCAAGAGCAAAUUCUUGAAUGAAAUUGAUAAAAUUCCAUUGCCUCCAUGGGCUCUGAUCGCCAUUGCUGUGGUGGCCGCGUUGCUGAUCCUCACCUGUUGCUUCUGCAUAAUCAAAAAAUGCUGCUGCAAGAAGAAGAAGAACAAGAAAGGGAAGAAGGGCAAAGACGGCUUCAACAUGAAGAACAUGCAGGGUGGCGAGAUACACCAGGACGACGAGGAUGAUGACGAAGGAGAGACCGGACUGACAGAGGAGGAGAAAGAGGAAGAGGAGAAAGAACAAGAGAAACUUGGGAAGCUGCAGUACUCUAUAGAUUAUGACUUUGAGAAUGCAAAGCUCACAGUCGGCAUCCUUCAAGCUGCGGACCUCAUAUCCAUGGACUCAGGUGGAACCUCCGAUCCUUACGUUAAAGUCCUGCUCCUGCCUGACAAGAAGAAGAAGUAUGACACCAAAGUCCACAAGAAAACACUGAACCCUGUCUUCAAUGAGACAUUUGUAUUUAAGAUCCCCUACGAGGAGCUCGGUGGGAAGACUCUGGUGAUGUCUGUUUAUGACUACGACCGAUUUUCCAAACAUGACGUCAUUGGAGAAGUGAAGAUUCCCAUGAACACUAUCGACCUCGGACGGCCGAUCGAGGAGUGGCGGGAUCUGGAGAGCGCCGAUCAAGAGGAGCCUGAGAAACUCGGAGACAUCUGCAUCUCCCUCCGUUACGUCCCCACUGCUGGGAAACUCACCGUCUGCAUCCUGGAGGCCAAGAACCUGAAGAAGAUGGACGCCUGUGGAUUAUCUGAUCCUUAUGUAAAGAUCCAGCUGCUGCAGGGUGGUAAGCGUCUGAAGAAAAAGAAGACUACAGUGAAGAAGAACACUCUAAACCCUUACUAUAAUGAAUCCUUCAGCUUUGAAAUCCCUCUGGAGCAGAUGCAGAAAAUCUUGGUGGCGGUCACAGUGUUCGAUUACGACAAGAUCGGUAAAAAUGACGCUAUUGGAAAGAUCUUCGUGGGCAGUAAGGCAACCGGCCUCGGUCUGAAGCAUUGGUCCGACAUGCUGGCUAAUCCGCGCCGCCCCAUUGCCCAGUGGCAUCCAUUGCAGCCAGAGGAGGAUAUUGAUGGUCAGCUGGCGUCCUUGAAUGCAAAGAAGUAACAUGCUCCACCAACCAGCUAAUGCACUAACUCAGAAAUCCAACCCCUGUCCCCUACUUUGCAUGAAACCCAUGACUUAACAACACGUGACAACUCGUCAUGAAACCUGCUCAGCAAAAAAGAGACAUCUUAGAAUAUCCGCUCAUUCAUGGUUAAGUCGAGAAAAAACUGUUUUUAAGCAUCACAUUUCACACAUUAGUGUAUGCUGAGAGGAGUGGCGUUGAGUUACCGGGUGACUGGUUCGUGAAUGAUCGACUGUUGGUCUUUCUUUCAUUUGAAGAAACUUAGAAACUGAUUCUUAGGGUGCUGACACUGAACGAAAGACAAUGCUGGAAAAUAAAGCUUUAGUUUAGUUUAUAGAGCAUGCUUUACUUAGCUCCCCACUGCUCCGCAUACACCACGCCCAGUAUUGUAUCUUGCUAAUAAGUGUGCUAUAACUUGCAGUAGAAAGUACUGUAGUAUUGGGCUACUUCCUGCAUAGUCUGUUUAAGUCUAUUAAUGCAAAAAUAUUUAAUUGAGAAUGAAUGAGUUCACUGAAUGCAGCGAUCCAUGUUGCAAUAUAUUUUCAAGAGUAAUCUGCAUAAAUGAUUGUCUUCAUUUUACUGGCUCACAUUUGAGAAGGAGAUACAGUACAGUGGUAAAUAAUACGGAACAGUCGUCUGAUCUAAGCUGCUUGUUUUGUGUUGCCACGAAGGCACGUCUAUGCAUUUAGGUUCAACACACGUCUCUGUGUCUCCAGACGGAUCUAAUGUAGGACAGGAAUACAUGGGUGCCUUUCCUGAUAUGACACUUUGAGAAUUACAGUAAGCUUCAUUGUUUUAUUUUGAAGGGAAAAUCAUUCAAAAGUAGUCAGGGACACUGUGAAUGUGCCAUCUUGAAUCUGUCUUGAGUUGUGUUGACCAUUUGGAUGUAAAACCUUACUUAUCUGUGGACAAGGUAAGGACACGGGAAGGCUCAUCAAUAAUGUUCAUAUCAAUUAUGACAAUCCUUUUCUUUAAAUCCUGCUCUUGCUUCCCUAAAAACAGUGCCAUCUAACUCAUUUUUUGUUUUCCAUUAAAGGGAUCACAUGUUGACGAAUGUUGUAGUUUACCAAACAUACCACACACCCCUAAUCAUUUCUGGUGAAACAACACAAGGAAACCCAUCAAAGACCAGAUGUCUUUUUUAUAGAGAGUUUGAAUUUGAAGAUGUAGCUGCACUUUUUAAGAGAGCGUGAAGUGCAAAAAAGCAGGUUUGUAAAAUCCCAACAGGGCAAGAGCUACAUGAAAACAUUAUAAUACAAUAAACAUAUCUUGGACCAUUCUGCUUGAACCAAAUAGAGCUGCAGAAUCCAGCAUGUAUCAUGCCUCGCAGUAUUUCAUGUUGUUUGGAUAGCUCACUCAUCGGCCACAAGCUUUGUAAACCUGGAGCCAAAGUGCUGCAACAUUGCGGUGUGAAAACAUCAUCACAGACAUUGUGUCCGACUGAUGAGCAGGGACAUGGAGGCAAAGGAAGACUGCAAUGAUUUAAUUCUUAUAAGCACUUAGUUGUAAAGUUUCAGUACUCCUGAAUACUUGAUUAAUACGUCUGAAUUUAUAGCUGUGAGUUAUUUUACUUGAAGAACCAUCUAUCUUCAUUUAUGUGGUUUGAAUUUCCCACUUUGACAUUUUUAAAACUGGAUGGUUUUCAGUAUUGUCUUCACAAAAUAAACUCACAUUAAACUAUCUUCAAGUUGCUCAAAUUCAGUUGGAUCUCAAACACCAAAUUCAGGAUGACAAAUUCAGUCUUGAAAAAUGGAGCUACCAAAGUCAAUGAAUCAUAUAUUUUAAGCAGACCCCUACGGAGUCUAGAUACUGGUGGUGGUGAUGAGAUGGAUGUGAUCAGGAGAGGUCUUUAAAGCUUUAAAGCCCGACCUGGGCACUAGAUACAAUGAGUGGAGGUAAAUGGGGUGGAGUAGGGUGCAACGACACCACCUGAAAUGACAGCUGACAGCAGCAAAGAGGAGAUCAGAUUUAAAAAUUGAAAGCAGCAGCGUAAUAAUCUGAUACAGAUCGUGUUUAACUGGAAGAGCAGUGCCCAUAAUCAGCUGAUUGGAAGAAACAGUGGGAAUGGGAUAGAGAAAGAGAAUUGUGGAUGAAUGACGCAUAAAGAAAGUCUUCCUGUUUGAACUUAUAGAGCUUCCUUUAUACCUGGGGUGGUGCUUUUGCCAUUUCCACAGGGUACAUGUGUGGAAAGAUUAUAGAGUGGCUCAUUUUGAGAAAUUAUGAUUUGAUAAAAAGAAAAAUAGAUGAAUUCCUAUACUCAUCUUAGCAUCUUGAAAUAAAGACACAAAUACGGUCACAAUUUGGUGUAAUGCUGAUCUUAGUUUCAUUUAUUUGUUUUAUUUUGCUUUUAGCCAGGGCUUGACUUGACUUGAGUGUAACUAUUACAACAAUAACCAGUAGUUUGAAAACUUGUUAGCAUCAGAAAAUGAUUGAAACGUCCAGCAAGAGGUUGUAAUGCCAACGACAAUUUGACCAAACCUACUGAAAGAAGGAGCCCAGAAUUGCCAUGUCUUGCGUGAAAAAUAGUAGUGAAAAAUGUAUCAAAAGAACACUUUUGGAACAUGGAGGUUGGUGUCGAUGAAGGGGAACUCAAGCUGUUGGGGUACAACAGGCUAAAAAAGGUUAGGAACCUCUGACACAUUUAGUGUUUUAUAUAAAACAGUAAAGAGAAGUUCAGAUAAAAGGACACUUUGCACACACAUUUUCAAUCAAAAUGUAUGAAAAUUAAAGAAAACAAAUGACCUUCUGGGAAAGUGGGGAAAUUUAUAACCAUGUAAAUUUGGAAUGAAUGGUUUCUGAAGUAAAACACUUACAUUCUAUCAUUUAAUUGUUAUUAGUGUUCAGGAGUGGUUAAACUUCAUAACUGGGCGUUUAAGUUAAGUAUAAAAUUAAAUCAGUACAGCCUUUCUUUGCCUCUGUAGGCGGCCAUUUUGUCACCAGAAGUAAAAGUAAUUCUGCAGGAGGCUGAACAGCAGCACACUGAUUGGUCCACGCACAGUCCUACUUCCUCCUACUGUCGACAUUAUGCAUCGCGCAGAUUUGUUAAUAGGCUUCAGCAUGUAUCCACGACGAGAUGAUGUAAAUAGUAGCAUGUUUUAAAGAGGAACCAUAAUUAUAUUGUGUAUGUGUGUUUGUGUUCUGUGUCAUUUUUUGAUAAUAAAACGGAGUAAAAAAGAGUAUGCACUGACUGCAAAGUGUAUGUAUUUUUGCUGAAUGGGACUGAAUGUAUGUCUGAAUAAUCCAUGUUAGGAUUCACGGGCUCCUCUGACGCCUCAGGAUUAAAGCAGGGUUGCUGUAUAAAAAAAAGAAAUCCACUCAGUUUGCCAUAAUGCUGCAUGAUCGUCUGGUUUUCUGUCAUCGUUUGUUUGUUUGUGUCCUCUGUGCUUUAAUCCAGUGUUACGAUGUGCUCAGGCUACAAGUCAUGUAAUUACUGUUCAUUUCUGCUUGCACUUGUUUUACAGUGUGUGUCGGUCGCUGACCAGUUAACUGUAUAUAUUUCAAAAAAAGGAGAAUAUUUGCCGGCUCCUUGAUUUUCUAUCUCAGUGUACCGUAAGUGUUUCCUUCAUUUACUCCUGCCAGAUGGGUGUCAAGUCUCAGUUUAUUAAAUGUCGAUGAAGUGGACGACUUAAUCGACUUGUAGCCCCUUUUUCCUUCCUCCUUUUGCUCCAUUGAACUGUACCUUCUCAUCUUAUUGCUAUUCACAUGAGCCUGCUCUGAUAUGUCUGAUUAUACUUUCCAACAUGGGUGCUCCCCAUUUUUAUUAAGAUUCCUUUGCUGGAUUAGUACUGUGAAGUAUUACACUGCACAUUAUUGAUGCAGUCCUCCUAAGGAGCUCCACUCAUGUAAUUGAGCAAUCAAUAAUCUUUUCAUUCCAAAUGUCACUUCACGAGCGAACACACGCAGUUUGACUAAUGGAUCGCAAUAGGAUGAGCCGGUGUUGUGUCACUUGUGCAUGCUCUGAGAUGUCAGUGCUGUGUCUGCCAUGACGUUUCUAAUGUGGGGAUUUGUUAACGUUGUGUGCUUUGUUUGAGUUUCAGUCAUUUACUGUUGGAAAAAAACCUUUAUUUACAGCAUGCGGUGGAUGAAGAUGGAUGUAAUCUUCAUGACUGUUCAUGUUUUCAGAGUGUAAUGUAGCUGUCUCUCUGUGUUCGAGGGGCUGAGAGUUAUAGAGACAACACACAUUUAUAAUUUUUGGAUAUUCUAUUCUGAAGAUGCCACAAUUACCCCUUUACUAUCAACAUGGACGGGGUUCUGUUCUGGUUCAUGCACCUAAUUUUGAACCAUUCAAGAGCAAUUUGACCAAACAUAAAUUUGUUCUUUGGUCUCUGGCUGAAACCAAAAAGUAGCAGGUUUUUCUUUUUGCCUAAAGUGCAAAUUGUGACGACAUCAGUGCCAUAUUCUAGACGUCGGAAAGAGAGAAUGGAGAAGGCAACAAGAGGUGUGAAGUGAGAAAUCAUCAAAAAAUAAGGAGCGUGCAGUGGUCUCAUUAAUAGUUUAUUAUUUUUGGAUUGAAACAAAUAUCUGUAGUUGCAGAACAAAAGUUCGUAGGUAGGCUUAUCAAUGCGGUCCGCCAUUUUGUUUCCACUGUUUACUUCCGAUGAUGAUACAUCCCUGAUUACAAUGGCUCUGAUCAAAACUGGUGGAAACGUGUUCUGGUUCUCUACAUAGCACCAGAGUUCCCGACGAUCCCGAGCUAAUUUGGUGGAAAAGGUGUAAAUGUGGUGUCAAAUUUAAAUCCAGAUCUUACUGUGAAGGAGCGCCACAUCAUAUCAUUUUCUACAGUGUGUGUCAGGUCAUCCUCUCCUGGGGUCAUUUAAUAUUCUCACUCUCAUCUACGUGUAUUUGAGCUGCCAUCAGUUUCUGCCUCCUGUUUCUGUGUAUUUGCAAUAGGACCAAUAGAGCCUGUAUUCGUUUGUUGGUGUUCUGUUAAUGGACUACACGAGUCUGUCACUUUUCUGCAAUGCAGGCAACAAAAUCCCCGUCUUCCUGGGUCUCUCGAGCUAUAAACAGCGCAGAACAACAUUUGCAAUGCAAUACUGCCAACCUGCUGCUUCAGUAACGGUUCCUCUUUUAGUCCCCUCACGUGAACAUAGCCAUGAUACAGAACACCCAAAGACCUGAUCACAGUCCCAUCACGCUCCAUCGGGCACUCACUUUCCGAGCAACAGAGACAAGGGAAAUGCUUGAACGUCUUUCUUGACUCUUGUUUUUGUCUUGUUGUAGAGGUGUGUCAAUAGUUGUGCCUUUUUGUGAACUGCAUGAUUUAUUUCCGUACAAAAUCCAUGUUUUCCAGCCAAAAAAAGAGGGAACAAUAAGACCACAGAACUUGUACUCAUAUAUCACUCUAUGUAGAACUGAGCUACUCAAGGGA